AAGAGCCGCCUGAGAGCAGCGGAGCGCGCGCUUCGCCCGCUGGACGCCGAGUUUGUCCGGAGGCGUCACUCGUUCGCUCGCGUCUUCUUAAAGACGGCCUUCUGUCUUCGGAGUUCUCAUCACUUGAGCAGGGCGUCCUCAGUGCAGGCAGCAUGUCCGGCGAGCAGGCUACAGCAGCGGAGCCUCCCAAGCAGGAGGAAGACAAGAAGCCGCAGGACGAGACGAAGCUGGAAGACGAGCAACAGCAGCAGCAGCAGGCGGCGACAGCAGCAGCAGCGGCGACUCCCGCUCAGGAGGAAGCCUCGUACCGCGCCCUGCUUCUCUCAGGCUACGGCGGCUACGACAAAGUGAAGCUGCACACCAAGAAGGGCGCGCCCGCCCCCAAAGCCGGCGAGCUGCUGCUGCGGGUCAAAGCCUGCGGCUUGAACUUCGCCGACCUGAUGGCCAGGCAGGGACUCUACGACCGGCUGCCCUCCCCGCCCGUUACGCCCGGGAUGGAGUGCUCGGGGGUCGUGGAGGCGGUUGGCGAAGGAGUGAGCGAGCGACAGGUUGGUGACAAGGUUAUUGCGAUGAACAAGUUCGGCAUGUGGCAGGAGCUCGUGGUUGUGCCAGUCGGCCACACUUUCCUGAUGCCAGAUGGCAUGAGCUUUGAAGAGGCCGCAGCCCUGCCAGUCAACUAUGUGACCGCCUACAUGAUGCUCUUCGACUUUGGAAACUUGCGACCAAACCAAAGUGUCCUGGUGCACAUGGCGGCAGGUGGCGUGGGGAUUGCUGCAACACAGCUGUGCCAGACUGUCCAGAAUGUCACCGUGUUCGGCACGUCCUCCUCCUCCAAACAUGAAGUAAUCAAGCAGAAUGGAGUCACACACGCCAUCGACUACCGGACCAUGGAUUACGUGGACGAGAUCCGCAAAAUUUCUCCCAAAGGUGUGGAUGUUGUCCUGGACCCUCUUGGGGGGUCCGAUACUAGCAAAGCCUUCAACCUGCUCAAACCGAUGGGAAAACUCGUCACGUAUGGUGCUGCCAACCUCCUGACUGGCCAGAAGAAGAACAUCAUGGCACUGGCAAAGACCUGGUGGAAUCAGUUCAGCAUCAAUGCCAUCCAGCUGAUGCACUCCAACAAGGCGGUGUGUGGCUAUCACCUCGGGUGCCUGGAUGGCGAGAUGGAGCUCAUUGGCACCGUGAUGAAGACUCUGCUCGAGCUCUACAAGCAAGGCAAGGUCAAGCCCAAGGUGGACUCGGUGUGGCCUUUUGAGCAGGUGGGAGAUGCCAUGAGGCAGAUGCAGGAAAGGAAGAAUGUCGGCAAAGUCCUUUUGGUGCCCGAGGUCAAGAAGGAAGAGAAUUAAAGCCAACUGAGUGGUGGUGUGUGGCUGUGGUAAUGAAGGUUUCACUGUCGUCCGCUAAUCUUUUGGGACCCCCCCCAUUUGUUGCCAUGUGCUUUACUUGUCCAGGUGCCAAUUGUGACUUUUGUGGCAGAGGCACAGCAGGACACCCCACCCCCCCCCCGGGGUCCCUGAAGCUUAGCAGCAAGCUGACUAAUCAGAUGUGUGCCCGUCUCGUGUUGUGCUGCAUGUGGGUACUCCUGUCUUGGCAUACCCACCAGUGGAAGCAUUUGUCUUGUGGUGGGCAGCUGUUUUCUGUGCACGAUGCCCUACCGUGUGUUUACUUGCACUCUGCUUGCCAACUGCAGAACCUUUUGCACUUAAUGUUGUGUUGCUGUGGUUGAAGGUCCAAAUAGUGUGCCAAAUCGGGUGGUGCUUGUGCCCAGCCCAUGGAGCCCCUGGUGCAUGCCACCAUUCCCUCUGCGUCCAAGCUGAACAGGAAGUGCCUUGUUGUAGGGGUAAUUCUUGUGCCUUCUGCCACUGUGGCAGUUAAACCACUAAAGCCUUGCCAUCUUUGCCAGUCGCAAGCCCUCCUACAGGAUGGUUGUGUGGCAUGGAUUAGGAAGCGCUGGGUGAGGAGUCCGUACCACUUGGGGUGUGAGUGUGUGAGUGAAUGUGUGUGCACUAACUGCUGAGGAGGAAUGGCAGAAGGGUGGUGCCACCCCAGAUCAGACGGGAGAUUCCACUUGGCACAGCCAAACCCGAGGGAGCGGGGACUAUGCCCUUCACUGCACUGGCAGGACCUUGUGCCCUGGGUGUCAAUGGGGCAAAUUACAGCCGCUCUUAGUGUUGCAGAUUUGUGCUUGUGCCAGUGUUGUGCCAAUGCCGUGUAUCACGUUUACUUCAACUUGUGCCGCUUUCCUGCCUGAUGUUACCAUGAGCCUUAUGCGUUUUCCAGAAUGGAUACAUAAAUAAAAAAAUCAAUGCAGAAUGCGA